AUGGAAUUCUGGCGAGCGGUGGGAACUGGGACGGCGAAUAAGACGUUCCGCCUACCUGGGAUGGUGUGUUCGCCAAGCACCCAGCCAUCUGAGCUGCUCGGGCCUGGGAAGGGCACCAAACACACAACCCAGCCAAGUCUGUGGCCUUGUGGAGCGCCCGAGAGCCCGCGGCUUAGACCUGGGAAGUGCGGGAAAAUGCGGGGCCCACUUGGGACAGUGCUCUUGCAGAGCACCCUGGAGACCGAGCAGUGCCAGAAUAUCAUCGUUAUAGUAGCUGGAGCAAAUUUACUUUUGAAUACAGAAGACCUGAGGGAAGCAGCCAGUGCCAUUAGCAGAGCCAAAGUAAUGAUCUGCCAGCUAGAAGUAACUCCUGCAACUUCUUUGGAAGCCCUGAGAAUAGCCCACAGCAAUGGAGUGAAAACAUUGUUCAAUCCAGCGCCUACCAUUGCUGACCUGGAUCCCGAAUUCUACACCCUCUUGGAUGUGUUCUGCUGCAAUGAAAGUGAGGCUGAGAUUCUGACCGGCCUUGAGGUCGGCAGCCCCACAGAUGCUGGGAAGGCUGCAUUGGUGCUCCUGGAAAGGGGCUGCCAGGUCGUAAUCAUCACCUUAGGUGCUGAAGGAUGUGUGAUGCUGUCACAGACAGAAUCUCUCCCAAAGCACAUUCCCACGGAGAAAGUCAAGGCUGUGGAUACUACGGGUGCUGGUGACAGUUUUGUGGGAGCUUUGGCCUUCUACCUGGCUUACUACUCAAAUCUGUCCUUGGAAGAAAUGCUCAAGAGAUCUAAUUUCAUCGCACCGGUCAGUGUCCAGGUCACAGGAACACAGUCAUCUUAUCCAUACAAAAAAGACCUACCCCUUGAUCUAUUUUGAUUGCUAUUAACUCCAAAGUAAAUAUACCUGGAAAUAAAAUGUACUUAGGGAUGGUCACUGUUAAUUAGCAGCUUACUAUAAAAUGUCACCUCCUUUCUUUGCAAAUAUUAUGUUCAUUUACCAAGUCA